CCCCCCCCCCCCCCCCCUCUCACAACUGCCGAAUAUCAACAUAAGCAAAAGAAAAGAAUAAAAGGACCCCCAAACUAGUUACCUAGUAAUCUUCUAAUACGGGAUUUAUUCUUCAUCAGGUGGAAUACAGUUGUCAGCAUUUCCGCUUCGUGGUACAAAGGUGGUGUUCAGUGUACGAGAGAACAAACAAGGUGUGCGCGCCGAAUGUCACGCAUAUGGAAGUUAGGCAUGAUGAACUAUGCUGUAAGCUCAACCCCUCCAUCUUCUCUCCAAUCCUUGCCGAUUCUUGCAUCUUUCUGGCAGUCAUCGACAUUCCGGGAAAUCCCCCACAUUCUGUUUCUAUGCACCAGCUUCCCGAUACGAGUCUACCCUAUCCUCUCUACGUCCAACCUAUGUCUACAUUCGUCUACAUUGCCGAUUGUCGACCACGUUCUCCACCACCAUGGGAGCAUAUGAUCAGGCGAAGCAAGAGACACACCUCUUACGUCUAAAUGAGCAUAUUAUCGCUCCCUGACGAAGCCGAAAUUUGACCGGACAAACGUUGGAACAUGUAGUUGGAUACCUAUGCGGAGAAAAUAAUGUUUUGGGAGGAAGGGGUGGAGGGAAUGUCUAGGGUUAUUCUUUUUUUCUUUUUUUACGGCAUAUGUGAUAUAAGGAUGCUUAAGCAUGAUGCUGGCUCAUUUCAGAUUGUAGCUAGGUUCAAGCAACCCCCUACGCUUACGGCCUCGCUUCGCUCUUUGAAGAGCAGAAGACUGGACUGCCAUAACGAAGGCAAAAGGGAGCUAAGU